GGUAGCUGCACUGGUGUCUUCAGUGACUUACAACUGGAACCUUAGGUUAACACUCAAGAGGACAGAACAAUGGGAGUGACUAAUCUGUGGCAAAUCCUUGAGCCUGUGAAACAACCUGUUGACUUGAGCAGUCUCAGGGGAAAAACACUUGCAGUAGAUUUAAGCCUGUGGGUAUGUGAAGCACAGACUGUUAAAAAGAUGAUUGGAGUAGUUACCAAACCUCAUCUCAGAAACCUCUUUUUUCGCUUCUCUUUCUUAACAUCCAUGGGGAUUAAUCUGGUAUUUGUCACGGAAGGAGAGGCGCCCAAGCUGAAAGCAGAGACCAUGAGUAAGAGGAAUGAAAUGCGCUAUGGAACUUCCAAGCAACCCAGGGCUGCAAGAACAGGGAGAUCUUAUUUUAAAUCCAUUUUAAAUGAGUGCCUUGAACUGUUGGAGUGCUUGGGUGUCCCAUGGGUUCAAGCAGCUGGGGAAGCAGAGGCAAUGUGUGCUUACCUGAAUGCAAAUGGAUAUGUUGAUGGCUGUAUUACCAAUGAUGGAGAUGCCUUUUUAUAUGGAGCUCAAACAGUUUAUAGGAAUUUUGCCAUGAAUGCCAAGGAACCGCAUCUCGAUUGCUACACAAUGUCCUCUAUAAAAAAGAAGCUUGGUUGUAACAGGGAGUCUUUGAUUGGGCUAGCAGUUCUUUUGGGUUGUGAUUAUCUUCCAAAGGGUAUUCCAGGAGUCGGGAAAGAACAAGCUUUGAARUUAAUUGAGGCUUUGCAAGGUCAAAACUUACUGCAAAGGUUUGAGCAAUGGAGAGAAGAGUUUCAGUAUAAUAAUAUUAAUCCACCUUUGGUAAUUAAAAAGGUAGCUCACUGUUCUGAAUGUCAUCAUCCAGGAUCUUAUAAGGASCAUGGGCGCAAUGGAUGUAAAUUCUGUGAAAGCAUUAGGUACUGCAAACCUCAUGACUCCAAAUCCUGCUGCCCUUGUGAAUGGCAUCAGUCAGAGCGAGAGAAGCAAGCAAGUGCAGUGGAGGACAAUAUCAGAAAAAGAGCUAAGAGUUGUGAGGGCUUUCCAUUUCCUGAGGUUAUCCAAGAAUUUCUUGUAAACAAGAACAAAUUGAACAAAAUAAUGGAAUGCCAAAGGCCUUGUUUAUUGUCCUUUCAGAGAUUUGCUUCUGAGAAGAUGGAAUGGGACAAACAUUAUGCUUGUAAGAAACUUUUGGUAUUAUUGACACAUUAUGAUAUGAUCCAGAGAAAAUCUGGAUAUACUGAUUCAAAACAGCUACAAGCAAUACGGAUAAUCAAGACACGUGUUAAAAAUGGGACUCCUUGUUUUGAAAUUCAAUGGCAAAAACCAGAACAUUAUGUUGAUGCAGAAGAUGAACCUGUGGAAUCAUUUGUAGUCACAGUAGAAGAGGAGUCUUUGUUUCAGGCUGCUUAUCCUGAAGUUGUGGCCCUUUAUCAGGUGGAAAAGUCAGAAAUUUUGAAGAAGAAACARAAAAGCAAGAAAAACAGAUCAGAAGAAAAAGAGUUAUCAAAUGUUUAUGGUGAAGUUACCAAUCUUCUGUCUCGAAUGAAUUUAAAAUCUACAUGUGAAAUUCUUCCAGGGAAGAUCUCUGUGUCAGACAUAUCUGAUCCUCAUGGAGAAUUCUUAGAUUCGAAAAGUAUUGAAUCAACAGAUCCAGUGUUACCUGCAGCUUCCUGCAUUCCAACUGUUCAAAUACCAGUAUCAGCAGCUGCCAUUUCUCCAGCUACUUCAGAUUCCUUGCUCUUGCAGAAAGCACUUGCUGACUCUAAUAUGUUGUUAGCACAACGUAGUAAAAAUUUAGAGGUAUCCUCCUCUUUAACAACUGAUCCAAAAUUGAGCAGUACUGAUCAGAAAGGAAUCUCCUUUAGAACUUCACCAACCCUUGGCGGCAACACCCUUGAUCUAGCAGCUGACCUGGCUGCAGGUGUGCAACAUUCAUAUCCAUUGCAACAUCAAACAGUAAUAAAUAGCUCAGAGUAUUCUCAUGCUACACAGUCAGGUCAAGAUCAUUCUGAUGCUGCUGACGACUUGUUUUCAGAUGAUACUAUGGGACAGUUUGAAAAGUUGUCUUUAAGUGAGCGAAUACUUAUGAAGACUUCUGUUCAGUCAAAACUUUCGUCGUCUGAAGAUAUUAUAGAACUGCAGCCUUUGAAUUUUUUUAAAAAAACAAAAGGUACGUUGAAUCCUGACAAAGAUUAUGUUUCUUCUUCAUCUCAGUUAAAUAAAACAGUGCAGGAAACCAAAAAUGUGCUACCAGAAAACUGUGAGAGGAAGGCCAAUAUACACAUUUAUCAARAUGAGUAUAAAAAUGGUGACAGACUGACUCAAAUAGUGCAAAAACACCAUAAAACAAACACUUCAACGUUUCUAGCUCUAAGCAGCCAAACAGUAAAGCCAUUACAACCUGGGUGUGAAAUACUUCCACUGUCUCAAAAGACAGCAAAUGUUGUCACUGGCUGUCACAUUGCAGAARCCUGUACUUGGGCUGCUGGGAAAACCUUGUUUAAAAAGAGUGUGUGCCAGAGCAAAUGCUCUUCUAGUGAAGACAGUGAUGAUGGGAACAUGAAUAAAAAUCUGGCUUAUGAGCAGCAGAAAAGGCAAGUGAAUACAGGCCACUUCAGAAAAAAUAUUACAAAGAAAAAGRGUAGCACCAUCACAAGCAAAAGAAUAAACAGUGACUCAGCAAUUGCAAUUAAAAGGGAAGAAAAAGAGACCAAUUUUAAAAUAACUAGUAAUAAUUUGACAGUGCAAGUAUUUCCCAAACCAUCUGCUGUCAUAGAAGUAAACUGUUUCUCAAGUCCAGAGCAACCGUUUGAGAGGUCGGGCUCCCAUGCUAUGCAGCAAGCCAGAAGCAAUGUUCUAACCUAUGAAGUGUCCGACAGUCCCCUUCCCUUGUCUGAAAGAUUGAAAAUGAGACUGAAAAGUAAUUAGAUGUUCCAUAAAUUGAUUAAGGUAAUGACUCUAUACUUUCAGCUCUUACAUGGUUCUUUUUUCA